UGUUUGACACAUCCAGUUAUCUAACUCUGCCGUUUCAUCUGUUGUGAAAUUCAUUCAAAAGAGUAGUGUUAUGAAUACGCCGCGUUUCGCCGACACGUCCCGUUAAGUUUAAAGUGCAAUUACUAAGAACCUGCAACAACCUCACUAGCAAACAAUGUCUCGUGCUCAGGACGCGAUUGCCUUGCUGCGUGCGGUCAAGAUCGUGGCCGAGGCGGUGGCCAAAACUCAGGGCGACCAUGCCCGGCAUCUGCUGGCCAACUCGAGCAUCCGUGAACUGCUCGAAAAACAGCUGCGCCAGGGCGAGGACACGGUCAAGGCACUGCUGGCGAACCCCAACAAGGAGCUGGAAAAGGCCGGCGGGCUGUUGAAGGAAACGCUGGAGCGGACGGCCGUGGUGACCGAGGGGUUGAAACAGCUGUCGGCCAUAUCGCUGCCGAAGGUGGGGUCACCGGGGCCGGCGUUCGAGUUUGGGAAGGCGGUGUUUCCCGCGCAACAAGAUGGAGCGAUUCCAAAGGAGAAAGCUUCUGAUAUUGGAAGCUUGGACAUAUCACAAAUUACGCUCAAAGAAUUGGAAUCAAUUCUAUCUGAGCACAACAAAAAUCGGCAGAUCAAACUGUCCUACGAUAACGGUAGGACUCCAGAACCGACGGCCAAGAAGACUGACCCGGAGCCUCCUGUGCAAACGGUUAAACCGAAGCCCGUUGAGUACAAGGUUCCACCGCCGACAACGAAGGAUGAAAAAGUAAUAGCAGACAUGAUGAAGGUAGUCUCCUCGUACGGACCAUCUAGCUCACCAGAACCGACAGCCACACUCACACCAAUCGAUCUACCUCAGCUAAGUUCGGUGGCCAAACAGCGCAAGGUACCGUCCUCCCGAGUCGCCCGUCUGGCCUCGUUUGGAAAUCUGUUUGCCGGUCUAGGACUCGGCACAAUCAACGAGCUCGCCAAAGGUGCCCUCGGCCUCGGAGGAACGCUCGACCCCAAGCAGGCCCUCUUCAGUCCUGCGAACGCCGAACGAAUCGUGGACACGUUGUGCAAAGUUCGCGGAGCGGCCCUCAAACUCGGCCAGAUCCUCAGCAUUCAAGACUCGAAUGUCGUCUCACCUCAGCUGAUAAAAGCGUUCGAGAGAGUUCGCCAAGCUGCCGACUACAUGCCAGAUUGGCAGGUCGAGAAACAGCUCGUGCAGGAGCUCGGGCCGGAUUGGCGCAAGAAGCUUGCCACCUUCGACAAGACUCCCUUCGCGGCGGCCUCCAUCGGCCAGGUGCACCGCGGAGUGCUGCACGAUGGGACCGAGGUCGCCAUUAAGAUUCAAUACCCGGGCGUUGCGAAAAGCAUCAGCAGUGACAUCGACAAUCUGGUGUCGAUGCUCAAGGUGUGGGACGUGUUCCCCGCGGGCGUGUUUAUCGACAACGUGGUGGCGGUGGCCAAGCGAGAGCUCAACUGGGAGGUUGAUUACACCCGGGAGGCGGAGUACACGGAACGUUUUGCCGAGAUGAUUCAGCACAUGCCCGAGUUUAGGGUGCCCAAGGUGAUCCGCGAGCUGACGUCGCAGUACGUCCUGACGACGGAACUGGUGCCGGGGGUGCCGAUGGAUAAGUGCUUCAAUUUGAGCCAGGACCACCGCGACCACAUUGCUCGAUCGGUGAUGAAGCUGGUGCUGAACGAGCUGUUCACGUUCCGCUGCAUGCAAACCGACCCCAACUGGUCCAACUUUCUGUACGACGCCAGCACGCGGAAGAUCAUGCUGAUCGAUUUCGGCGCGACGCGCUUCUACCAGAAGCCGUUCAUGGACGACUACAUGAGGGUCAUUGAAGCCGCCACCAGAAACGACCGCCAGCGCAUUUUGGAGCUGUCGCGCAAGAUGGGCUUCCUGACCGGGUACGAAACCACGGCCAUGGAGAAUGCCCACGUGGACGCGGUGCUAAUUCUGGGCGAAGUGUUCAGCGUGGAGGGUGAGUUUGAGUUUGGCAAGCAAAGCACCACCAAGAAGAUUGCCGCGCUGGUUCCGGUUAUGAUCGCCCAUCGGUUGUGUCCUCCGCCGGAGGAAAUCUACUCGCUGCACCGUAAGCUGUCCGGAGUGUUCUUGCUGUGCGCCAGGUUAAACGCCAAGAUUGACUGCCGGCCCCUGUUCAAAGAGGUUGCGAGCAACUAUAAAUUCGACUAAAUAGUAUUUAUUAGAGAGAAAUAAAAGUGUUGCAGUUUUGCAAGAUCAGCUUAA